AUGGAGGGAGUGGGAGCUAGGCUAGGGCGGUCCUCAACUCGAUACAGUCCCACCACCGUUUUCACCAGACCCGUCCGAAAGUGGAAGAAGAAGUGGAUCCACAUAACGCCGUCCAGUUCCAAUCAAACGGAAGCUAAUGGAAAAGUUAACGGCGUUAAUAGCUCUUCACAUCUCUUGUUGUACAAAUGGACACCGAUCACUCCCAACCAAAACAAAGAGAAUAAUGGAAAUGACGGGAACAAUGAAUCGAAGAACUACAGUAAAGACGAUAAUGAUUCGGUGGAAGAGCCGCCUAAGCGUAAAUUUAAGUACAUUCCGAUUGCUGUGCUGGAAGAACAAGCGAACGAGUCCUCAGAUCAGUUCAAGGAUGAAGCUAAGCCAAUUGAAACUGAGAUAAAUACAGUGGAGACAACCUCCAAGAGUGAUGGGCAUGAUGAAAAGCCUGAUAUCAAUGAUAUACCAAUGGAUGAUACUCGGGCCUCAGAGGAAAAUCCUGUAGAACGUAGAGUUCUGAAUGAAACCCCAUUGGACUUGAGUUUAGUCUUGAAGGCUAGUGAUGUUGAAAAUGAAUCCAACUCAAAAACAGUUUGA